AUGAACACUGUAAGUCUUGCUGCUUUCAAGCCCAUGACGGCCGGCUGGGGCUCACUCUGCGUCGCCGGCGGCGUUGCCUACUACUUCGCCAAGCAGAGCAUCAAUGCGGACCGCCAGUCCCGGCUGGAGGAGCAGCGCAAGAAGAGGGAGAUGAUCGAGUCGCUUGAGAAGGCCAAUUCUCAGCCCGCCAGAACAGAUUUCGUCGCCUCGCCGAGCCAAGAAGCAGUCCAGGACCCAGCACCUACGCGACAUGCGCCAACUACGGAAGGUCAACGGAUUCUUGAGAAGAGCAAGUACGAAGCUGCUGUCCCGUUCGAGAGCCCCAAAGGGGAUCGCUUCUCUUGA